AUGGCGCGUCUGACGCUUUCGGAAGAAGACAAGAGCGUCCGUGACUGGUUCGUUCAAAAGAUGAAACAGCUACGGUGCAACGUGUGCGUGGACCAGAUGGGGAACAUAUUCGCCGUGCGCCCAGGGCGUAGAACGAAUGUCCCUGCAACGUUCAUCGGCAGCCAUCUGGACACGCAGCCUGCCGGUGGACGAUACGAUGGCAUCCUGGGCGUGUUGGCAGGGAUAGAAGUACUCGAGGCGAUGGAUGACUAUGGCAUCGAGUCUGAGGGAGGCAUUGGCGUGGUGAAUUGGACCAGUGAGGCCAUCCAUUCAUGUCUGAAAGAAUCCCGGACUGACCUAUUCUUCCUCCAUAGCGAGGAAGGUGCCCGUUUCCCCAUCACCGUUGUCUCCUCGGGCGUAUGGGCUGGGAAUAUCUCACUGGCCAAGGCGCAUUCCCUGCAAGAAGUUCGUACGGCCAUUUCCGCUCCCACUGCUGGCUCGGGUCCCGAGACGAUGAAAGAAGCCCUCGAGAAAAUCGGAUAUCUAGGGGACGUACCGUGCUCCUACAAAGCAAACACCAUGGCAGCUCACUUUGAACUGCAUAUCGAGCAAGGGCCCCGUCUCGAGUCGACGGGUCACCAUGCCGGUGUCGUUACCGGGGCCCAGGCAUUCCGCUGGUCCCGGGUCCAAGUAGUAGGGAGUGAUGCGCAUUCCGGAACGACAGCCUUUGAAUACCGUGCCGAUGCCAUGUACGCAGCGGCGCAGAUGAUGGUCCAGGCUCGACAGCUGGCCGCCACGCAUGGCUGUUUGGCUACCGUUGGGAUUGUCGAGGUGUCUCCCGGCAGCGUCAACACGGUCCCUGGUCUAGUUAGCUUCAGUCUUGACCUGAGAGGGCCGUCGCUGAGUACGGUCCAGAUGACCGAGUCCGGGAUGAAAAGCGCGUUUGAAGCGAUAGCGCAGAACGAAGGCAGCAGCAGAUCGUGCACCGUGGAGUGGAGGCUUGACUUCGAGUCUUCGGACGUAACAUUUCACCCGGAGUGCAUCGACUGCAUCAGGGAUUCAGCUGAAGCAGUGGUCUCUGUCCCAGCAUCGCAAGUACCGCAACUGAUCAGUGGCGCCAGUCACGACAGCGUCUGUACCUCGCGCCGCGUGCCUACAGCCAUGGUGUUCGUGCCUUGUCGAGACGGAGUGAGCCACCAUCCGCGAGAAUACUGCGCACCGCAAGACUGCGCCAUCGGUGCAUCUGUCCUCCUUCAAGCAGUCGUCCGAUACGACCGGAAGAGAUUCAAUUUGGAUAGUUAG